CAACGCGCUGAACGCGUCUUACGUACCUACCUAGUACCUUCUCGUUGACGCCUUUCACUCAUCACCUAUCACCUUCUCGACAGAACAAAACGAAAAGGCCCCCGUUCCAACAGCAUACACAACCUCCCAAAAGAAGCGUAAAGCACAAUAACCAUGGACGCAGCUUCAGCGCUAUCGCGAGGCGCUCUUGACGUGAUCUUCAAUGAUCCUGAAAAAGCCAGCAAGCUCUUCCCGGUACCUGUUCUGCAAUGUCUUCAAGUCAAGCAGAUGGCUCCGUCCGCUCAAGGAGGAGACCGAUUUAGACUUGUAAUGAGCGAUGGGCAGCAUUACGUCCAGACCAUGCUGGCUACUCAAGCCAACCAUGUCGUGCAUGAAAACAAGCUGGUUCGUGGUUGCAUUGCCCGAAUCAAGCAAUACACACCCAACAAUUUGAAGGGCAAGAACAUUCUCGUCAUUCUCGAUAUCGAAGUCAUCGAAUCUCUUGGCGUCCAAGAAAAGAUUGGCGAGCCCUAUGCUGUCGACUCCAAGCCAGCUGCCCAGGAGGGUGCCAUUGCUGGAGGCGAUUUUUACGGCGUCAAGAAGGAAGAAUCAAAGACACAGCCCCAGCAAUUCCAACAGCAACAACAGUCGAUGCCCUCACGACCUGCCAUGCACGCUGGCAGUAACAUCUAUCCUAUCGAGGGUCUGUCGCCCUUCGCUCACAAGUGGACAAUCAAGGCCCGAGUUACCUCUAAAUCAGAUAUCAAGACAUGGCACAAGGCCACUGGCGAGGGAAAACUUUUCAGUGUUAACCUGCUCGACGAGAGUGGUGAGAUCAAGGCCACUGGUUUCAACGACCAGUGUGACGCUUUCUACGACCGCCUGCAGGAAGGCUCUGUCUACUACAUCUCCACACCUUGCCGAGUUGCCUUGGCUAAGAAACAGUUUUCCAAUCUUCCCAACGACUACGAGCUCACCUUCGAACGCGACACUGUCAUCGAGAAGGCAGAGGAUCAGACCAAUGUUCCACAAGUGAGGUUCAAUUUCUGCUCCAUCCAGGAACUCCAGAGUGUGGAGAAGGACAAUACUGUCGAUGUCAUUGGUGUGUUGAAGGAGGUCGGCGAGGUUGGCGAUAUCACAUCCAAGAAGGAUGGCCGACCAUUCCAAAAGCGAGAAUUAACACUCGUGGAUGAUACGGGCUUCUCAGUCCGUGUUACUAUUUGGGGCAAGUCGGCCAACUCUUUCGAUGCUCCUCCUGAAUCAGUGGUUGCUUUCAAGGGCACCAAGGUGUCUGAUUUUGGUGGCAAGAGUCUCAGUCUCCUCUCUUCCGGCACAAUGACUGUCGACCCCGAUAUUCCUGAUGCCCACAGGCUCAAGGGCUGGUACGACUCUGCUGGUCGCAAUGACACAUUCGCCACGCAUCAAAACAUGGCCUCCAUGGGCAAUGCUACUGGGCGAAAGGAAGACCUCAAGACCAUUUCUCAGGUCAAGGAUGAGAACCUUGGCAUGGACGACCAGGCUUACUACACUAUCAAGGCUACUAUUGUCUUUGUCAAGCAGGAGAAUUUUUGCUAUCCUGCUUGCCUAUCUCAGGGCUGCAAUAAGAAGGUCACACAAAUGCCUGAUGGCACUUGGCACUGCGAGAAGUGCGCUAUCUCCCACGAAAAGCCAGAAUACCGGUACAUUCUCUCUUUGAACGUUGCGGAUCACACCAGCCACCAAUGGCUCAGCUGUUUUGACGAUUCUGGUCGACAGAUCGUGGGACGAACUGCCGACGAGAUGAUGGAGCUCAAGGAAAAUGAUGACAAUAAAUUCAUGGCCGCGUUUGAAGAGGCCAACUGCAAGAAGUUCACUUUCCGAUGCCGGGCGAAGAUGGAUAACUUUGGCGAAGCUCAACGGAUACGCUACCAGGUGAUGACUGUCACGCCCUUAGACUUCAAGUCUGAAGGCACCAAGCUUGACGAGUUGAUCAAGCAGUACGAGAACAGCUCGCUAUGAUGUGCUUACGAAUUGCUAACCUGGGUUCAUUGGAGUGCCGGCUGACUAAAACAUGUGCUUCGGGAAUUAAUCGAUACACCUUUUGCGAAGUCCGAUGAAGAGGGAUUUUUGUUAUUGGGUCAAUAUUAGCAUAACAUAGAAUAAUGAGACAAAUGCAGU